AUGGGCAAUCAUUUUACAGUGAGCACAUUCCUUCUGUGGGGAUUUUCCAGUUUCUCAGACCUGCAGGAUCUCCUUUUUCUGAUGAUUUUCUUCUCCCAUGUGACCAUCCUAGCUGCAAACACAUCCGUAAUGGUGGCUGUCAAGCUCAGUCACAACCUUCACACUCCCAUGUACUUUUUCCUCUGUGGCCUCUCCUUUUCAGAAACCUGUACCACUGUGGUAAUCAUCCCUCGCAUGUUGGUGGACUUGCUAUCAGACAGUAAGUCCAUUUCUAUUCCUGAGUGUGCCACACAGAUGUUUUUCUUCUUUGGCUUAGGAACCAACAACUGCUUCAUCUUGGCCGCCAUGUCCUAUGACCGUUACACUGCUAUUCACAACCCACUGCACUACUCCAUCCUUAUGACCCAUAAGAUCUGCUUUCAACUGAUGAUGGCUUCUUGCAUUACUGGGGUUGUGGUGUCACUGUGCAUUGUCCUCAUAGUAUUCAACUUGUCUUUUUGUGACUCUAGCAUCAUCCAACAUUUUUUUUGUGACAUUACACCUGUAGUCUCCCUUGCCUGUGAUUACACCAUUUUUCAGAAAAUGGUUCUUCUUGCCUUCACUGUCUUUGUGUUGGUGGGCAGCUUUAUUUUAAUUAUGAUUUCCUAUGUCUUCAUUGGGUCCAUAGUUAUGAAGAUGCCUUCUGCUAAGGGGAGGUAUAAGGCCUUCUCAACUUGCUCCUCCCACCUCAUUGUGGUAUGCAUACACUAUGGAUUUGCUGGCUUUGUCUAUUUGAGGCCCAAGAACAGUGACUCUUUCCAUGAAGAUAUGCUGAUGGCUGUGACAUAUACAGUGCUGACACCUCUGCUUAAUCCCAUUGUUUACAGUCUAAAAAACAAAGCAAUGCAAAUAGCCCUAAAGAAAGUACUAGACAAUAUAUGUAGAUUGCUUCCAUGUGGUGUCAGAGACUAUUGGGUCUGUUGUUCUCAUUCUUUGCUCAACAUUGAAUUAAAGUUUGGCUAG